GUUCAUGUCACUAGCCUCUCUAACGUAGCAGACCACUGUGUGUUGUUUGCUCUUAGCGACAGUAGUGAUGCAGAUUACCAGCAACAAUGCAGUCACCAACACACUCAUCUUUGUGGCCGUUGUCAAAGUCUUCAGGAAACUCUGGCAAAGAUUGAACGGGUCCUUGGCGAGACGACCUUUCCGACUCAGAGCGCGAAAGACGAAGCGCUAUUUAUAUUCCAGACAGCCCAGCUGGCCAUAAUGUCCUGGAAAUGCCACAUCCUUAGAUCAGCUAACCAAGACCAAGCGAGAUUAGAUGCACUGGAGAAACUUGACGACAACACUGUCUUGAUAAUUAACGACUGGGCCAGAGACAGAAAAGACGACAGAAAAGUGCCAGGAGAUGCCUCGCUUACCAACUUGGUUUGAAACCAGUCGGUUUGGAACUCUCUGUAUUUUUGUGGCAGACACCGACUGGUUUCAAACCAAGUUGGUAAGCGAGGCAUCUCCUGGCACUUUUCUGUCGUCUACCGUCGUGUGAACGGGGUAGUCCAGUGACAGGGCUUUCUGCACAUAAUCCAGUCGUGCAAUCAAGGCAGUGCUGCAGUGGUUAAAAUCAUGCAGGAUGUCCUGAAUACCAUCAAGCUGGAGCACAAUGAGAUUAACAAGAAGUUCUUUCGCCAAGAUAACGCAGGAUGUUAUCAUUCGUCGUCCACCGUACUCUCAUGCCAAGUGAUAUCCUCCUGCACCGGCAUCGAAAUCAAGCGCAUUGACUUUUCUGACCCACAGGGUGGAAAAGGUGCCGCAGACAGGCUCGCUGCAACCUGCAAGAAUCACGUCAGAACUUUCAUAAACGAAGGAAAUGACGUGACCAAUGCCGAACAACUGAAGAGUGCUCUUCUUUCGCAUAGGGGGGUAGAAGGAGUUCGAGUU